GGACUCCGCGUCGCGGUGGAAUGGCGGAUGGUGAGAGAACGCUUGUUCUGCAGAGUGAAGACUUAAAUCCGAGAUCAUGGCAAAACAUCUGAAGUUCAUUGCCAGGACUGUGAUGGUACAAGAUGGGAACGUGGAAGGUGCAUACAGGACACUAAACAGAAUUCUCACGAUGGAUGGGCUCAUUGAGGACAUUAAGCGACGAAGAUAUUAUGAAAAGCCUUGCCGCCGCCGCCAGCGGGAAAGCUAUGAAACCUGCCGGCGGAUCUACAACAUGGAAAUGGCUCGAAAGAUCAACUUCUUGAUGAGAAAAAAUCGUCCAGAUCCAUGGCAGGGCUGCUGAAGCCUGUGGUUAGCAGGUUCACAUCCAGUUUGUGUCUCCACAUCUUCCUUGAAACUCAUUUUGUUACCUUUCUCUAUAAUAAACUCAGUCACAUUUAUGCA